AUGUCCGAACAAAUUGAGGAAAUCGAAAAGAUGCCCGCCGCGUGGAAUUUCGCCAGGGUGAAAACAUUGAAACACCCGUCCCGGCCCUUCCUGUCGUCGCACCGCGCUCUCGUCGAAGUUGCGGGAGAUGCUGGAGCCCUCCCCUGCUCUCACAAAGCCACCGCCCUGCUGCGCCAACGCUGCGCCCUGCCGCUUCAAUAA